GCAGCCUCCCCGAGAGCACCGCCGGCACCGCCGCUCGAAGCACCGCCCUCCGCGAUCGAGCCAACGCGGGCCGCGAGGCCCGCUGCAGUGCCAUCUGCAGCCGAACCCGCGACGACGCCGGCGCCUCUGCCCAGUCCGAACGAGCCGCCGCUGCCCCCAGCACAUACAACCAGCAGGACAAGGAUUGGCUUAUGUCGAUGGCGUGCUGCAGGGCGGCGCUCAGGCCCAUCGCAGCAGAGCUGACGCAGAGAGCUGCCGACCUUGCGUACCUGCAGGAGCUCAACCAGUGGGGCAGCCGGGGGCGCCCCGCCACGGGGCGCACCUACCUGCGGGCGCUGACCAUGCUCUUGGGCUGGCUCAGGCUGAAGGCGCUCCCGGAGUGGACGCCCCUGCAGUGGCGCCCUGGUCGACUACGCCGAUCCGGGCUGUGCAUCCUGGCGAAGUUCGAGUGCUACCUGCGCCCGUCGGAGGCCACGACCUUGCUGGCCAAGCAGCUGGUGGCUUGGUCUGGCAGAGGGGCGGGUGUCCUGCGUUGCCCGCUGCUGAUCCUUCACCCAGAAGAACUGGCAAUCAGCUCCAAGACGGGCGAGUUCGAUUCCACAGUGGCUUUCGAUCUACCCCGAGAUGACAAGGCUGGGCGGCUGGCGCCGGCGCUGCGGAGCCUCAGCAAUUCCCAGAAGGGCGAGCGCGAGCGGUGGGCGGCGGCCGCCCCGAGUUUCUUCGGCAACGCCUUCGCGCAGCCCUCCGUGCAGGUAGACGGGGGCCACCUGCUGGGCCGCCCUGGCCUGGAGGGCGCCGACUAUCAAGCGGUCCUAGAUUCCAACGAGCUUGCUGACAGAAUCGCGGUCUUGUUGCGGAUCGCCCUCUCGCGGCAGCUGCCGCCCAAAGCCUUUGCAAUUGCCACGUUUCUCCGCGCGGCUGCGCGGGACCAUG